GUCGGCCAUGGCCACCCAGGUCUUUCUGUCUGCGAAGUCAUUGACAAAGAGUUUCUCACCACGCUCCCAUUCGGCCAAGUCUUUCUGGCCCUGACGUUUCUUGGACGCGGCGACUUGCUGGCAGAAGAGAGACCGCCAUCGAAUACUUUAACAAAAUUCUGGGACCGCCAUCUCCUUUUAGCGUGCUUCUUCCUUUUCAAUGGCACACUAGCCACUACCAGCUGAGCUUAGUCUUCUAACACCAAGUCAGUUGGGCCUUGAUAUUCCUACUCCAGAGCUCGCAUCCCAGUUCACGGGAAACACGGCGGUAGGAGCUCAGAUGGCUGCGGCGGUUUUGCACGUUUCGUCACCAGGAAGCGGUACGCCGCGACAAUCAUGUGAGGAACGGCAAUCGUGUGAGGGCGACGAAUCGCCGGCGUCCACGGGCGAGCAAUCGCCGGCGACCACGGGCGAGGCGACCACGGGCGAGGAAUCUCCGGUGACCGCUACUCCAGCUUCCCAUGCUCAAGCCCUCCCCAGCGACUGGCGUGCCCGGAUUCAAGCUUCCGACGCUUCAAGCUUCACAGGGUCCGAGGGGGAGCGACUACCCGCUCGGGCCGUUCCCGGCGACUGUCUUGCCAGAAUCCAAGCUUCCGACGCUUCCAGCUUCACAGGUUCCGAGGGGGAGCGACUACCCGCUCAAGCUCUCCCCAGCGACUGUCUUGCGAGCAUUUUCAGCCAUCUAACGGACGUUAGAGACGUGGCACGAGCGGGCGCCACGUGUCGCUCCUGGUGGCGCUGCUACAGCGACGUCGUUCGCAAGUCAGUGAGCUGCCUGAGUCUGGCGCCGAACCCGCUCUCGCUGGAGUGGGAGCCGUUGUACAGCCGGCCGUUGUUCCCGCCGCCGCCACUUGUCAACCAGCCGUUGUUUCGGGAUUCUUUGGUCAGGCAGCCGUUGCUACGGCAGCUGUGCCUCCAGAAUGUUCGUCCAGAUUCAACGAAUCAGCUGCUGAAUCUGACCGGUCUUACGGCACAGGGCGAAUCCGCCGGUUUGUUUAUGGAUGAUGGUCAAGGAUCCGCCGGUUCCUCUAUAAAUGGUCGAGACUUGCGCUGCUGCUUGGAGGAUCUUCAAAGGUCCCCUUCGCUGCGACCAAGAGUCGAUGAAGCCAUGGCCGCUUAUAUCGGAGCAUCAGCAACGCUCCCUUUACUCUCGGGCGAAAGCUGCUUGAAUUCCCGAACAUCACGCUCCUUGGCUCUAUCCUCGUUACAAGACGUUCUUCGUCUCGACACCCCUCCGAGUACCAUAUCUUGGCCGCUGCACCGCGUUGCCUCAAUGCUGCGAAGCUUCCCACUGCUCGCAUCCCUCCACCUCCCGUUUCUAUCACAUAUCGGUGCUGGCUCCACCCAGGAUGGCAUUGAACCCGAGUGUCACUAUAUUGACGCCGUCUGCCGCCUGGUUGCGAGCUGCUGCCCGUCCCUCCGCCAUUGUCACAUCCAAUUCGGCCGGCGACUUCAAGGCGGCAGAACGAGCCAACACCCGUUACUAGUCACAGGCACUAACUCCCGCUCCCAACCACGUACAGUCACUCCCUUCGUCAAUCAAGAAUUUGCAGAUCCAAACGACAUCCAUUCAAGUCUGGCUGAGAUCAUCACAGAUUCAGACAACAACCCCCACUCUAACCCUCCUUCAAACCCACAUCUCGGCCUUGCUUGGCUUUUCCACAAGUGCCCAAGCCUCGUCUCCCUCCACCUCAUCAGCUCCAGCGCCUCCCCCGCCUGUCUCGACCUCUCGCCGUCCCUCAUCCCUCUCUUUUCGCGCCUCACUCGCCUCUCUCUCUCCCUGAAAACCAUCCCUCCCUCGCUCCUUCCCUCCCUCACCGCACUCAACUCCCUCACCCUCCACGUGUCCGACCCUGCCUGCCCCGUCACCUGCUCCUCCGCCCCGUUCACUCGCCUCUCGUUAUUGUCACACCUGGAGCUACGUCUCGGUCCUAAUUGGGCGACAGCGUACCCAGUCCCCCGGCUCUUCCAGGACAUGUUUUCCGGGCUGCAGGCGUCGCUCACCUCCCUCUCUCUCACCCUCCCGUUUGUAGCACACCUGCCAGUGUCACUCUGGGAGCUGACGUCUCUCCGCUCGCUCUGCAUCAUCAAUCCGGCGUUUCAUCCUGGCGUGCAGAGGCCUGAGUACAUGUCCGGGGUUUCCGGCUUGCGGCAUUUGACCUGUCUGCAGCUGCUGGGCCAUACUGUGCCUGGGCUAGUCAUGGGGGCUCUUGGGGGGAUAAUCAGGAGGAAAGGAACGUCGGGGACGACCAGGGAGAGCAGGUGCUCGGGAAUCCUGUCCCGGGGCUAGUCCUGGGGGCACUAGGAGGGGGUGUUCAGGAGCAAGGGAGCGUUGGGGAGCAGCGGCAGCAGCAGCAGCAGCAGCAGCAGGGACGCGGCCAGGCGAGUGGAUUGCAGCUGACUCAGCUUCGCAUGUCUCGCGGCACGGUGGCAGUGCUGAAGGCAGAGCUCGUGAUCCGCCAACCGGAAGCCCCACAAGGCACAGCAGCAUUGCAAGGGGCGGAGGGGGGUGGGGGAGGAGAGACUGAUCGAGGAGCUGGAGGUGGAUGGGGACCUGCUAGCAGCUGCGGCAAAGAGAGGAGCCUUCCUGCCCCAUUCCCUCCGCGUCCUCUCUGUCACCCCAUCGCCAGCUGUCGCUCCCUCCUUCCUCCCCCAAACCGUCCGCCUGGACGUUUCUUCCCUGGCGUCCAUCAGCCUCCGGGUGCUGAAGAUCUCUGGUGUUUACCUAAGCACGAGGGGUAAUUCUGCGCUUGGGAGUGGCUGUGAUGCAUGUUUCUUCCCCAACCUGCUGCUGCUGGAGCUGAGAGGUGUGCAGACGUGGCAUGGAAAAGGCCUGAAGAAACCCCUGGUGAAGCUGGCACGGCUGGCACGUUCUGCAUCGCCCUUUAGCAAUUUCCGCCACCAGCUGCUGCAGCACUGCCCCAAUCUUCAGAUCUUGCAUAUGGACUCUCUUCCCCACUCCUCCCCGCUUCCUGUGCUGCGGAGCCUUGGAGUGCUGGUCAUUGGUUCGUAUGCUGACUCUGGCGCAUCCCUCGCUUCCCUCUCUCAGUUUGUGUCACUGCACACCCUUCGGUUCAAUGGCAUUCCCAGUGGUGUUAGUGGCGUGUUGGGUGGAACCAUCUCCUGUCCCCCGAAUCUACAGAGGCUGCAGAUUUGUGCGCAAGGCAUCACACAUCUUCCCCGCUUCACAUGGAAAUUCACGACGAUUACUCAGCUGGACCUAAUCAAUUUCUCCAAGCUGAAGACGUCUCCCGAAGACGUGUAUUCUCGUUUUCCUUCUCUUCAAUGUUUGAGAGUGGACGGUUUAAGGCGUUAGUUCUAAGAGGAGAUACUUAUGUGUUAUGUGGUCAUAAUGUACGCUACCGAUCAGCAGUCGUGGCUGUUGAAUCGGUGCAACUAGGACGGGUAUGCGCGCCUCUGAAGAGGAGGGAAGGUUCAAAUUGUCUGCCACAGCCAAGCAACCACCAAUGAACGAUGUCAGGCGCCACGGGUCAGACAUCACAAAUUGGCGAUUUGUCGCCCUGCUGGCAGCCUAGCACACAGUAUACA